CAUUAUCUCCUCUCUGCAGUCCCCAGCGCCCAACCAACAUGCAUCCUGCCACCUUAAUCUACUGCUGUUUCCUGCUCCUUUGGGGGGCCUUGCCUGGUGGGACAGCUGAAAAUGACCCCUUUGGGAAGGCCAUGGAGGGCAUCAACCAUGGGCUGAGCAAUGCUGAAAGGGAGUUGGGCAAAGCCCUGGACAGCAUAAACCAUGGGAUCACUCAAGCUGGCAGAGAAGUAGAAAGAGUUAUCAACGGCCUUGACAACAUUGAAGAGGCUAGCAGGGAGGUGGACAAAGGCAUCCAAGGGAUCAAUCAUGGUCUGGACAAAUUGACCCAUGGAGUUAAUCAUGCUGCUGGGCAGGCAGGGAAGGAGACAAACAAAGUGAUCCAAGGCACCAACCAUGGGCUCAACCAAGCCGGGAAAGACCUGGACAAGGGCAUCCACGAUGCGAGUCAUGCUGCUGGGCAGGCUGAGAAGGAGGUAGAGAAGUUUGGCCAAGGGGUCAACCAUGCUGCUGGGCAGGCUGGGAAGGAGGUGGACAGGUUUAACCAAGGGGUUAACCAUGCUGCUGGGCAGAUUGGAAGAGAAGUGGACAGGUUUAACCAAGGGGUCAACCAUGCUGCUGGGCAGGCUGGAAGAGAAGUGGACAGGUUUAACCAAGGGGUCAAUCACGCUGCUGGGCAGGCUGGGAAGGAGGUGGACAGGUUUAACCAAGGGGUCAACUAUGCUGCUGGGCAGGCUGGAAGAGAAGUGGACAGGUUUAACCAAGGGGUCAAUCACGCUGCUGGGCAGGCUGGGAAGGAGGUGGACAGGUUUAACCAAGGGGUCAACUAUGCUGCUGGGCAGGCUGGAAGAGAAGUGGACAGGUUUAACCAAGGGGUCAAUCACGCUGCUGGGCAGGCUGGGAAGGAGGUGGACAGGUUUAACCAAGGGGUCAACUAUGCUGCUGGGCAGGCUGGAAGAGAAGUGGACAGGUUUAACCAAGGGUUCAACCAUGCUGCUGGGCAGGCUGAGAAGGAGGUAGAGAAGUUUGGCCAAGGGGUCAACCAUGCUGCUGGGCAGGCUGGAAGAGAAGUGGACAGGUUUAACCAAGGGGUCAACCAUGCUGCUGGGCAGGCUGGAAGAGAAGUGGACAAGUUUAACCAAGGGGUCAACCAUGCUGCUGGGCAGGCUGGAAGAGAAGUGGACAGGUUUAACCAAGGGGUCAACCAUGCUGCUGGGCAGGCUGGAAGAGAAGUGGACAAGUUUAACCAAGGGGUCAACCAUGCUGCUGGGCAGGCUGGGAAAGAGGUAGAAAAGUUUGGUCAAGGGGUCAACCAUGCUGCUGGGCAGGCUGGGAAAGAGGUAGAAAAGUUUGGUCAAGGGGUCAACCAUGCUGCUGGGCAGGCUGGGAAAGAGGUAGAAAAGUUUGGUCAAGGGGUCAACCAUGCUGCUGGGCAGGCUGGAAGAGAAGUGGACAAGUUUAACCAAGGGGUCAACCAUGCUGCUGGGCAGGUUGAGAAAGAGGUAGAAAAGUUUGGUCACGGGGUCAACCAUGCUGCUGGGCAGGCUGGGAAAGAGGUAGAAAACUAUGGCCAUGGGAUCAACCAUGCUGCUGGGCAGGCAGAGGACAAGUUUAACCAAGGGGUCAACCAUGCUGCUGGGCAAGCUGGGAAAGAACUGGAGAAAGUCAAGGAGGAUGUCUACCAUGGGGUCAACCAAGCCGGCAAGGAGGCCAACCAGCCGCUGAAUGGAGCUCAUCAUGGAGGAGGAGCUGGACAGCACGGCAGCGGAGGCAGCGGGGUCGGGGUCGGAGUCACACCCUUGAACUCUGGGGCCUCGGUCAACAUGCCCUUCAUCAACUUGCCAGCUCUUUGGAGAAGCAUCACCAACAUAAACCCAUGAACUGACGAGCUUUGCCUGCUGGGCUGAGCAGGCCCAGAUGGAUGGUCUUCAAAGAGCUUGUGGAGAACUUGGGGGGGAGGGCACUGUGUGGGUAACUUCCAGGAUUUCCCGAGAGGAUACAAGGAGCUGAGGGGGUUGUUAAUAAACAUGAUAUAUUAGUCCUCCCCCUUUGUGUCUUUUUAACAUUUUCCCUUUUUAUUAUGAACUUAAACACAAGCAUUUCCACAUGCCAAGGUAUGUGUACCCUCAUGGGUUUGAAAAGCUUGUCAAGCAGGUUUAGGGAAUAGUUGGUAAAUAAUUAUAUUAUCCUAUUUAAAUAUUCCCAGAAUAGUAGUGUUUAGUGAGGCAAUUUAUAUAAAGAACUUUAUGAUGCUAAAAAUGUUAUGGACUCAAUAAAAUUUUCUUUAUGAAAAUUAA